UUGAGUUUGGAAUUUGUCUUGGAAUCAAUCGAAGUUAUUAACAGAAAUAGAGAGCAGGGUAUACUUGAUAACACUAAAAAUGAAGCUAUUGAACUGGCCCGUAUAUAUCAAAAUGCAAGAAAGGCUAAAAAGAAUACUAUCCAUGCUAAGCAAGAAGAAAUUUUAAGCUGGUAUCAUUAUGCAAAAAGCUUUGAAAAGAGAGUUUAUGAUGUUUUAUCUAAUUGCAAAAAUACUAAAAGAGCGGAUGACUUAGCAAGAAUUCAGGUUUAUGAUGAAAUCUGGAAUUGUCUUUCCAGCGUUUCAUAUUAUUUCAAUGGAUGUGAACUCUGCGUCCCCAGGAUGCGCGGUCAUAUGACUGAAAUUUCUGAAACUAAUGAUAAAAUCUUGUCUAAAGAAAAUACAUCAAAAACUGAGAUAAGCGUAUCAACUACACCUAUCUCAUUGUCUCAUACCUCUAAUUUGGAAGACAAAUCUUUACUGAAGACUAAGAUAAGUGUAUCGUCUAAUCCAACUUAUGAUCGUACUUAUUUUCGUAAUAAAACACUAGAACAGUAUCCUAAUUUACCGCGAGUAAAUGUUUAG